AUGGCUGUCCUGUCACUAGCGCUGCUGCUUGUAGGAUUUGCGUUGACUUCAGCUGACAAGGCUGGUGAAGUAGAUAGAGAGGGCCAGCUGAGGAGCCGGCUGAAGGAAUAUGGCCUCGUCACUCCUUUCAGCACCGACUCUCAUGGACACUACCUGUCACACCUGCUCUCUGCUACGCACAAGCAGCGCGUCAAGAGGGAGGCGUUUUCCUCCGGUGAAUCCGAACAGAAACUUUUCUUCAACAUCUCUGCCUUCGGGAAGGAGUUCCACCUCCGUUUGCGGCCGAACAACAGGUUGGUGGCACCAGGUGCGAUGGUGGAGUGGCACGACGAGGUCGAGGGCUUCGGGAAUGUCAGCGAAAGCGCCGGUGGCGAUGUCGGCACGGGCGUCAACCAGACUGAAUCCACCAACAGGACGGAGAGGAUACUGCGCCGUGAGCUGUUAAAGACUGACUGCACCUUUAUCGGUGACAUCACAGACGUCCCUGGGGCCGCGGUUGCCAUUAACAACUGUGAUGGACUGGCUGGGAUGAUCCGCACCGACUCAGACGAGUACUUCAUCGAGCCGCUGGAGAGGGGCACUCAGGAGCUGGAGGAUCAGGGCCGAGUCCACGUGGUUUACCGCAGGUCGGCUCUGCUGCAGGCCCCCUCCGACAUCUCCAUGGACUACCAGCUGCAAGAACCAGAGCUGGAUGUACCUGGGACUCUCGACUCUGUAGCCCGGCAGGUCAACGAGACUGUCCGGCGCAGACGGCGCAGAGACGCAGGGGAGGACGACUACAACAUUGAAGUCCUGCUGGGGGUUGAUGACUCUGUGGUUCGAUUUCACGGCAAGGAGCACGUGCAGAAUUACCUCCUCACUCUCAUGAAUAUCGUCAACGAGAUUUACCAUGACGAGUCGCUGGGUGUCCACAUCAAUGUGGUCCUGGUGAGGAUGAUCAUGCUGGGCUAUGCCAAGUCCAUCAGCCUCAUUGAAAGAGGCAACCCAUCACGGAGCCUGGAGAAUGUGUGCCGCUGGGCAUUUGUGCAACAGAAAGGCGACCCUGAUCACGCCGAACAUCAUGACCAUGCAAUCUUCCUCACUCGCCAAGGCUUCGGCCCCACGGGGAUGCAGGGUUACGCUCCAGUCACAGGAAUGUGCCACCCAGUGCGAAGCUGCACCCUCAACCAUGAAGACGGCUUCUCCUCGGCCUUUGUGGUGGCUCACGAGACCGGACAUGUGUUGGGCAUGGAGCACGAUGGCCAAGGUAACCGCUGCGGAGAUGAAACAGCGAUGGGAAGCGUGAUGGCCCCUCUGGUGCAGGCGGCCUUCCAUCGAUACCACUGGUCCAUGUGCAGCGGGCAGGAGCUGAAGAGAUACAUCCACACCUAUGACUGUCUCUUGGAUGACCCUUUCAAACACGACUGGCCGCAGCUCCCUGAACUUCCUGGCAUCAACUAUUCGAUGGACGAGCAGUGUCGAUUUGACUUUGGAGUGGGCUAUAAAAUCUGCACUUCAUUUCGCACAUUUGAUCCAUGUAAGCAGCUGUGGUGCAGUCACCCCGACAACCCUUACUUCUGCAAAACCAAGAAGGGGCCGCCUCUUGACGGGACGGAGUGUGCUCCUGGGAAAUGGUGCUAUAAAGGUCACUGCAUGUGGAAGAACCCUAAUCAGGUCAAGCAAGACGGCGCCUGGGGCUCCUGGAGCAAAUAUGGCUCCUGCUCGCGCUCCUGUGGAACUGGAGUUCGUUUCCGGACACGGCAGUGCAACAACCCAGCGCCCUCCAACGGUGGGCAGGACUGCCCAGGAGUGAACUACGAGUAUCAGCUGUGCAACACUGACGACUGCCCCAAGCACUUCGAAGAUUUCCGUGCCCAGCAGUGCCAGCUCCGCAACUCCCACUUUGAGUUCCAAAAUGCCAAACACCACUGGCUGCCCUACGAGCAUCCCGACGCUAGCAAGAGAUGCCACCUGUACUGCCAGUCAAAGGAGACAGGAGACGUGGCGUACAUGAAGCAGCUGGUGCAUGAUGGGACACGAUGCUCCUACAAAGAUGCCUUCAGCGUCUGCGUGCGUGGGGAAUGUGUGAAAGUUGGCUGCGACAGAGAGAUAGGCUCUCUCAAAGUUGAGGACAAAUGUGGCGUUUGUGGUGGAGACAACUCCCACUGCCGCACCGUGAAAGGAACUUUCACCCGAACACCAAAGAAAGCAGGUUACCUUAAGAUGUUUCUCGUUCCUCCUGGAGCUAGACAUGUGAUCAUCCAAGAACAUGAGGCCUCCCCUCAAAUUCUUGCAAUCAAGAACCAGGCAACGGGGCAUUACAUCCUCAACGGGAAAGGAGAGGAGGUCAAGUCCAGAAGCUUCAUUGACCUGGGUGUGGAGUGGCACUACAUCAUUGAGGAAGACGUGGAGACGCUGCACACUGACGGACCUCUGCAUGACCCCGUGGUGGUUCUGAUUAUACCCAAGGACAAUGAAACACGGUCCACUUUAAUGUACAAGUACAUCAUCCAUGAAGAUUCGGUGCCUGUCAACAACAACAAUGUAAUCCAAGAGGACACGUAUGAGUGGGCUCUGAAAAGCUGGUCUCCAUGUUCCAAACCUUGUGCUGGAGGUUUUCAGUACACCAAGUAUGGAUGUCGAAAGAAAGGAGACACCAAGAUGGUCCAUCGUGGCUACUGUGACGCCAACAAGAAGCCCAAACCCAUCCGCAGGAUGUGUAACCUUCAGGACUGCACACAGCCUCAAUGGAUCUCAGAGGAAUGGGAGCAUUGUACCAAAACCUGCGGCAGCCUGGGCUUUCAGAUCCGGACCGUUCGCUGCGUGCAGUUCCUCCACGACGGCACCAACCGCUCUGUCCACAGCAAGUACUGCAGCGGGGAGAAGCCAGAGAGUCGGAGGCCCUGUAACAGAGUCCCAUGCCCUGCCCUGUGGAGGACCGGAGCGUGGUCAGAGUGCUCUGUGACCUGUGGGGAGGGGAUGGAGAGGCGUCUGGUCACUUGCCGGAUUGGAGAUCAGUGUAAUGGAGAAAAACCUGAAACCGUGAGACCGUGCAGACCAGGACCCUGCCACGAUGAGCCAUGUAACGGAGACAAAUCCAUCUUCUGCCAGAUGGAGGUCCUGGCGCGGUACUGCUCUAUUCCAGGCUACAACAAACUGUGCUGUGACUCCUGCAGCAAGCGGAGCGGAGCUCUGUCUCUGUUUUCAGAGGCGGCUGAGACGGAGGAGCGUGUCCGCUUUGGAUCAGCCUCCCAGCUAUUAGAGACAUUAACAGCCUCUGUUGCGGCCAACGGCACUCGCAGUGCUAAACAAGGCUCAGGCAAGGGAUCCGCCGCAACGGGCCACGCUGCCAAACACGUCACCACCCCUGCUCCACUUAAGAAAAUCCCAUCAAAGAUCACUACGGCACCAAGGCGGGUUCCACGGCACAUCGGUUUCACUGGCAGCAAGCUGCCUGCCAUGGCAACAUCCCCCCUGGCAGAUCCUGCCGAGGGUCAGAGGUCGAGCAGCUCGACAGAUAGUCAGUGGCCUAGAGAAUAUUCCACAGUGGAGAGAUGA